UUGGUAUAUAAAGAGACAAGUAUCCUUGCUAAUACUUACAUUUGAAGGCGAUUUUUUUUUGAGUUAUUAAUUAUGUUAAAAACUAUUUUUAUAUUAACCCUUGCGGUUAAUGUAUUUCUUUUAGUGUCUUCUACAGAUUAUUCGGCACCGGUAACAACUGAAGCGUCAUCAGGAGAUGAUGAAGAUGGUCAAAACAGCUUGAUACAGGGAAACACAGAUUUCACUACAAAUUUUCUAUAUGAAGUCAUCAAAAUAAACCCACUAGUCAGUGUAGUAAUGUCACCGUUCUCCGUUUUAAUUCCUUUAGCGGAGUUAGCUCUUUAUACGGAACCCGGAAACUCUUAUAACCAACUAAUAAACACGCUCAAUCUUAAAAGCAAAGAUGAGAUUCGAAAUGUAUUCCUGGCACUUACAAGUUCACUAGAGUCACAAGAUGAAGUUGUAUUAGAUUUGGCAGCGAAAAUUUAUGUAAAUGAACAAUAUCAGCUCACCGAUAAUUUUGAAAACGAUACACGUGAUGUCUUUGGUGCUGAAGCGGAAAAUAUUGACUUUAGUAAACCUGAACAAGCCGCUGACACUAUUAAUGCCUGGGUAGAAAAAGAAACAAGAGAGCUUAUAAAAAAUUUGGUAUCGCCUGAUAUGUUUAGCGCAUACACACGUUUAGUUUUAACUAACGUUAUAUAUUUCUUGGGAAAUUGGCAGAAACAAUUUAAUCCAAAUAAUACGAAAAAUGAUGAUUUCCAUAUUAGUAAUACUAAAACAGUUCAAGUACCACUGAUGUAUCAGAAAGGUGUUUUUAAAUAUGCAGAAAGUCAAGAUCUCAAUAGUAAGAUACUAGAAAUAACUUACAAGGGAGGAAAUUUCUCAUAUAUUGCUUUUCUACCGAAUGACAUAAAUGGUUAUAAUAUAGUUGCAGAAAAAAUUAGAGACCCCGAUGUAUUUAAUGCAGCUCUUGAUUUAUUGAAGUAUGAAACAUGUAAUCUUUAUAUACCGAGACAUGAAAUUACUACUAGUAUUGAUUUGGUAGAUAUUCUUCAAAAGGUUAACGUUACUGAUAUAUUUGAUACUACUAAAGCAGAUCUAAGUGGAAUUCUGACAAAUAAUGAAAAAUUAGGUGUAUCAGCUGCGAUACAGAAGGCAAAUAUAAAGUUUGAUGAAACAGGAACUGAAGCAGCAGCUGCAAACGCAUUGAUCGUAGGCGUAACAGCAGUAUUGCAACCUAAAACCGUAUAUACCUUCAGAGCUGACCAUCCUUUUAUAUUCUUCUUAUCACUCAAAAGAAAUCCAUUGUUCUGUGGUGUUUAUGCUGGGAACUAGGACAUCCUAAAAAGAUCGAAUAAAAGGCUAUAUAUGAUAUUUUAAGUGUAUCAUAUACACUAAUUGAAAAAAUUGUUUUUGAUAAUAAUAACAAAAGGUUUUUGUUAUUAUUUUUGUCGAAAAAUAUAAUGUCACUAUACUUUUAUUUAUAAUAAAUCUGUAUCUUGGAA